AUGAGUCAUAACCCGUCGAGUACAGCUACCACUCCAGCUAGUGAAGGGAGCACCACACCAUCAGCAGAUCAAGAUGCCAGGCUGGAUAAAAGAGUGACCUUGAAUAAUAAGAUUGAAAAUGAUAAAGAUGAAGGUGAAGAUGAAGACGAAGACGAAGAUGAAGAAGAUGAUGAAGACUACGAUCCCACAAAGAAGGAGGAGGAGGGUGCUGAACCCAGUGGUUCAGAUGGUGAUGAUGACGAUGCGAAUCUAGGUGAUGAAAACGACGGCAAAGUGCCCGAUUUCUCUAAAAUAGAAUCAAGUGUUUCCCAAGUUAAAACGCGAUCGCAGAGACUACACGACAAACAACAGAAACAGGCGAAGUUUAUUGGUAAUUUUGCAACUGAUUCCCGUGGGUUAGUUAAAGAAACAUGUUCACUUGAUAUUGACCUGAUUUUCAAUGAUUUAAAACAAAAUAAAGGGGAUAUUCUUAGAGAAGAGGAAUCAGCGCCAUCGAAACAGAAUCAACAAAAGGCUGGGCUGCAGACGAGCCCAGAAUCAGCAGAAUCAGCCGCGACUAUAGCAACGGCAACCGAGGAUCCCCCUGAAGGACAGCAAAUCCGCAUUCAAAUCAAUUAUACAUUUGCUGGUAAACUCAUUACUGAAUCCAAAUUAGUUGAUGCUAAUUCAGAAGAAGCCAAGGCUUACCUCAACUCCACCAGUUCCAUCACAUCAGCAUCUUCUGACGAUAUACCCAACAAGCGUACGCAAGUUAAAAUUGUACGAACAAACCCCAUAACCAAAGAACCAACAGAACUACGCAUCAAACUAAAACGACCUUCUUUAAUUGAUAAAUUUAUUGCCUUAAAUGGCAAUAAUAAAAAGAUGAAGUUAUCGACGUUGGAGAAGUCGCGAUUAGAUUGGGCUAGUUUUAUUGAUAAGAGAAAGAUUGGUGAUGAUUUGAAGAGACAUAAUCGUGGUGGGUAUUUGGACAAACAAGAGUUCCUUGGUCGGGUUGAUUUGAAAAAGGAUGAAAUAUAUCGAAAAGCGAAAGAUGAAGAUAGGAAAAGACAGUUUCAACUUCAAGGGAAAUGA